GAAACAUGGUAGGACUCAAGCCCUCUGAUGUGCCUCCUCCUCUCGGAGUGAAGAUGGCGAGCGCCGGAGCAGCCGCCUGCAUAGCUGACAUCAUCACAUUCCCUCUGGACACGGCCAAAGUCAGACUACAGAUUCAAGGGGAGAAGCAAGCGGUGGGAGGCAUCCGCUACAAAGGGGUGUUUGGGACCAUCAGCACCAUGGUCCGAACGGAGGGGCUCAGGUCCUUGUAUAACGGGCUUGUGGCUGGACUGCAGAGGCAGGUGUGCUUCGCCUCCAUCAGAAUCGGCCUCUAUGACAACGUGAAAAACUUUUACACUGGUGGCAAAGAGAAUCCAGGUGUGCUGAUACGGAUCCUGGCUGGCUGCACAACAGGUGCCAUGGCCGUGUCGUUUGCACAACCCACUGAUGUGGUCAAGGUUCGAUUCCAGGCCCAGAUGAACCUGAACGGUGUGGCGCGUCGCUACAAUGGCACAAUGCAAGCCUACAGACAAAUCUUCCUCAAUGAGGGCUUACGAGGCCUGUGGAAAGGAACAUUACCGAACAUCACAAGAAACGCUCUGGUGAACUGCACAGAGCUAGUUACGUAUGACCUGAUCAAAGAGGCCAUUCUCAGACACAACAUGCUGUCAGAUAAUCUUCCAUGCCACCUCGUGUCUGCUUUCGGAGCGGGCUUCGUCACCACAGUGAUUGCCUCCCCAGUAGAUGUGGUAAAAACAAGAUACAUGAACUCUCCGCCAGACCAGUACCGCAGCGCCAUCAACUGUGCCUGGACCAUGCUGACUAAAGAGGGACCUACUGCGUUUUACAAAGGAUUUAUGCCCUCGUUUCUGAGACUGGGAUCUUGGAAUGUCGUCAUGUUCGUCUCAUUCGAGCAAAUCAAAAGGGCCAUGAUGGUCUCAAGAAGGAUCGAAGCACCAAACUGAGACCUGGAUGUUGUAGCUCCAAUAUGGGAUAUUAAUAUGAGUUUCUGUUGAAGCUUCAGAGUGUUGUAUUUAACUUUUAACUCAUUUUUUUAUACUUCAUCACCCUGGAACCAAUGCAGUCACUGUGGGAGCAAAAAUCAUUGAUAAACGUUUGCACAUUAAGUAACGUAAGACGCAGCACUUAUUUACAUAUUAAUAAACACGAUUUGUUAUUAAA